CAUAGAGGAAAACAUCUUCACAGCAGAAUAUCCAGUGCAGUACCUCAUGGUCUGGAACGACGACCUCAUAGAGAGCGAACUGUCUUAAUAGAUCAGUUUUCAAGGCCCAACACAACUCAUACAUUCCGGUCAGAUACACCUCAGAAAAGGUCAGUAACUUCUAUGGAUCUUGCUAAUCAGUUGUGGACGGGCCAAGGGAUAGUAACAGGUGCGCAGUUCCAUGCCAGGUCAUUCCAGAAAAAUCCAUCUCUCUCUAGGAGAAGGUUUCAAGUUGCUUAAUGACAUUUAGGAGCAAGAAGAGAAGAAAAUAUUGGCACACAGUCAAAAUCCUCAAUAACGCAGCAAUCUUUAGGAGUACUGAAAUGCUGACUCUUGAGCAUUCCGUAUGUGUGCAUAUUGCCUGAAUGUAGAGUGCCAUUUGGUUUUUAAAAGUAUAAAUCUCUACUAAACCGAAUAAGAAAGAGCCCUUUAUUUUCCUAUUUUCUCAUGUGGAUCCAAUUCACAAUUAUAGCUAAGCCAAAUUA